GUUGCCAUGACAACGGACCCCUCAACAUGGACCCCUUGUUCAUCGCUCUAAGUAACUUCAGGCGCAGGAACUUCGACAAGACCAUAGCAAUAUGCACAGAAAUACUAGCCAAAAAUCCAUACGAUCAGGCUGUAUGGAGUUUGAAGACACGAGCACUCACCGAGCAAGUGUGGGUGGAUGAAUGUGAUGGUGAGGAGGAGGGUUUAGCUGACGUCUUGAUGGACGACAACACCAUAGCUUCUGUCGCUCGCCCCGGUACGUCCCUCCGCACAGCCUUUCCCUCAACUGCCGAUGGACCCUCACAGACCUUUAGACCAUCAACACAGUCGGGUCAACCUCUGAGUGGUGUAGUUCGACCUGGCUCACAAGGUGGACGGCCCGGUACAAUGGAUCAGGCACUACGUACUCCUCGCACAGCUCAAACAGCCCGUCCUGUCUCGGCCACAUCAGGUCGACAUGUGCGUCUUGGUACAGCCUCCAUGUUGCCGUCGGCAGAAGGACCAUUUAUCAAUUUAGCUCGUUUAAAUGUUGCAAAAUAUGCAAGUCAACAAAACAUUGCAAAGGCUUUGUUUGAUUAUAUUUAUUUUCAUGAAAAUGAUGUCAGGCAUGCAUUAGACCUGGCAGCACAAGCCACACAAGCGCAGGAGUUUAAAGACUGGUGGUGGAAGGUACAGCUCGGACGAUGCUAUUACAGACUUGGCAUGUUUAGGGACGCUGAAAAGCAGUUCAAGUCAGCACUGAAACAACAGGAUCACGUGAAUACGUAUCUACUACUGGGCCGAGUAUACAUUCGUUUAGAUCAGCCAAUGGGUGCCCUCGAGGUGUACAAGGACGGACUCGACAAAUUCCCUGGGGAAGUUACGUUGCUUACUGCAAUUGCAAGGAUUUAUGAGGGUCUUCAUGAUCUGACCAAAGCAGUUAAAUACUACAAGGAUGUCUUACAACACGAUGCUACUCACGUUGAAGCAAUAGCGUGUAUUGGAACCCAUCACUUCUACACCGACCAGCCCGAGGUGGCUUUGCGGUUUUACAGACGUCUACUGCAAAUGGGCAUUUACAACUGCGAGAUCUUCAACAACUUGGGUUUGUGUUGUUUCUAUGCUCAGCAAUAUGACAUGACACUGACGUGCUUUGAAAGAGCACUCAGCCUGGCCACCGACCAGAGCGUAGCUGAUGUAUGGUACAACUUGGGACAUAUAGCUCUGGGAAUUGGGGACAUAAACCUGGCAUACCAAUGCUAUCGUUUGGCUCUUGUUGCUAACAACGACCACGGGGAGUCAUACAACAACUUGGGAGUGCUGGAGUAUCGGCGAGGGAACCUGGAUACAGCUCGUGCCUUCUUCAUGACGGCAUCCAGCCUGGCCCCUCACAUGUUCCAGCCACAUUUUAAUCAUGCCAAACUUGCUCAUAAGGUUGGAGACCUACAGACCAGCUACAUCAUCGUUCAGAAGGCACUCGCACUCUUUCCCGCACAUGUGGACUCUAAGGAACUCCUAAAAACUCUUGAGAUGCACUUUCAUACUUUGUAAUAAGCACUGAAAAUAUGUAUCUAUAGCUAGUAAAAGUAUAUAAAUUAUAACAAAAUUCAUAACUACUUAUAUGGGGAGAGUUGAGUGUGUCAUCAUACAGUACUGUAUUAUAUUUAAGUAAUCAUCAAAGAUGUAUUGUAUUUAAAAAAAUAAACAUUUAUACAAUU